AUGGGCGGAAACCUGUUCCCUAUUCUACAGGAGGAGGGUCAACUGGCACAUGUGUACAGCGUUAUAGGACGCUCGGGGGAUGCUGAGGAUCUGUAUAUGAGUUCAUUGAGGAGAUGUAAAUUGGUCAGCCUCUCCGAGCAUCAUCCGCUCACUCGAAGGGUCAUGGACGGCCUCGCCAUUAUCUAUAGGGGUCAAGGCCGAUGGAAAGAAGCAAAAGAUAUAGAGGUUCGCAUAUUGAAUACACUUCGAAACGUCUUAGGCGAUAUCCAUUCAGAGCCUCUCAGGGCAAUGGCCAACUUGACCACUACAUACUGGACCGUCGGAAGAGUGACGGAGGCCGACGCUCUCGGUGAACAGCUAUUAUUAUCUUUAAAGAAGGAGAGGAGUGAUGUAGAUAUUCUGAAUGAUUUGGAGAAUUUGUGCAUAUAUCCGGAUGUGGCCCGGUGGAGAACGCAGAGCAAGGUACUGACGCAAGUCCUUUCCAUACACAAAACGGAAUUUGGUGAUAAUCAUGCCAACACAUUUGCGGCGCUGUCAAAUCUUUCGUCUACGUAUAGGUGCCAAGGACGAUGGAAGGAUUCUGCGGAGUUCGAGGAGCAGAUCGUUUCAGGAUUUACAAAUGAGAUCAAAAACAGGUGGACUAGGGGUUGCUAUCACGAGAUGGCUUAUCAUACCAAUCAAGACUAUGGGCCUUUGGUGCUGGGCUAUGCCGAUCCCCCUAUUGGUGGGCUUUUGUUGGAUCUCUGUUGGUCGGAAAACUAUAUCUUUUGCGCCAGGAAUCAUGAAAUGGACCUUAUUGCAGAGUAG